AUGAUUAAGAUUAUACUGAUACCAAUAUUAAAUUUAAUUGCUCAUAUAUAUGGAAAUCAAAACGUAGACUUAAGUAUUAGAAGCUCUCAGAUAAAUGCAGUAAAUCCGUCAUUUAAAGGGCUUAUUGAUAAUGAUGAAAAUAUUUAUGCUUUUAUUUUAAAAAAAGAUUAUAUUGAUGAAAACAAAUGCAAAGCAAAACUUGAGGAAUAUUGUAAAGAAUUAAAGGACAUAGAUCCAGAAUUAAAUAAGGUGGAUAGUAAGGUUAAAAAAAUUUGUGAUAAUAACAAUAAAGAAAAAGAAUGCAAAAACAUAAAAGGAAUGAUUCAAGAAAAAUUAAAAAUAAUAAACAAAGGCAUUAAUAAUUUUUUUCAAUAUGGAGGUACGAGUAGAGAUUGUAUAGAAUAUUUAGAAGAAUGCUCUUUUUUUCAAGAAGUUGACUCGGGUGAAAUUAAAAAAAACUGCAUUUCAUUGAGAAAUAAAUGUACCAAAAAAAAAAAUAUCGUUAUUGCACAGGAAAUCAUUUUAAGAAUUUUAAGUGUGUCUUCUAUUAGUUUAAGUGAAUGCAAAAGCAAUAUUUAUAAUUUUUGCACACUAUUAGCUUGGGAAUCUGAUGCAUUAAUGGAAUUAUGUAUUGACACAAAUAAUUUCUGUACAGAUUUGAGCUAUGUUAUUUAUAGUUUCUGUAUUUUUAUAGGUGAUUUCGAUAAUAAUAAAGAAUGUCAUGAACAACUUGAGAACUGUUAUUUUUAUAUGCCAUUUUGUCAAAAUCUUAAGGAAAAAUGUGAUAAAUGGAAGAAGGAAUGUUUGAAAAAAAAUAUUACAUAUGAGUCUCCAGAUUUGGAUUUAAAUCCGCUUAAACCACUAAAAACCGUCUUUCAGGUGAUUAAACUAGAAGAUAUUUAUAAAGGAGAGGCAGAUAAAGGAAAUAUUAUUGGAAAGCCAGAAAAAAUGAACUUUAGAGAUUUUAUAUUGCUUUUGAGCCGUUUAGAAGGAAUGCAUAAUAUAGAAGAAGCAUGUGAAAAUGCUGUAGAAAAGUAUUGCAAAAAUACUAAAUAUCUAAGUUAUGAGAUAGAAAGUUUUUGCAACGAUCAAAAUAAAGGAAAAAAAUGCGCCGAAUUAACAAACGUGAAAGCGAGAUGUAUGAAUUUUAAAAUGGAAUCUUAUCUAAAAGGAUUGUCAACAGAAAUUAGUAGUGAAGAGUCACGUGUUUUAGAGUGGGAUAAGCUUCCAAAAUCUCUUACUAGGAAAGAAUGUAUACACUUUUCAACGGAAUGCUUGCGUUUAUCAGGGAUUUGUAAAAAUGGAAUCAGUCAAGUAUGUAAUCAUAUAAAUGAAGUAUGUCAUAGAAAGGCAGAAAAUACGGCAUUGAAUAAAAUAUUUAUGCCUGCAUUACGCGGAAUUCUUUAUAAUUUUGGAUCCAAUGCAAGUAUGUUAAGUUGUCAAGAAAAUGUAUUAGAUAUCUGUACAACAUUUAAAAAUUCCAAUAAAAGAUAUUUUGCAAAAUGUCUUCGACCAAAAGAGCAAUGUCUUGAACUUAAAAACUAUAUUUUCUCUCAGUCGGAAGAAUUAGAACAAGUUUUGGAUAGUGUACGGGAUUUACCAGUAGAAAGUGAAUGUAUUAAACUACAAGAGGAAUGCCGUGAUCUUAAAGGUUAUUCAUAUUUCAUUGAUAAUAAAUGUAUUACAUUGAAUAGACGCUGUAGAUAUUUAGAAAUUACAGAAGAAUUGAGAAAAAGAUUUUUAAAAAGAAAAGAUGAUUCGUUAAAAACAGCGGAAAAUUGUAUAAAAGCGUUAAAGGAAGAAUGUGAGAGAUUGUUUAGAGGGGAAAUGAAUCCAUUUAGUGUUUCAUGUGCUUCACUAGAAGAAACAUGUAGUUUUAUGAUAGAACGGACUACAAGGGACUGUGAUUCUUUAAAAAAUUCAAUAAAAAGCAAAAAAAUUAUAAGUAAAAUUGGAAAUGGAAAAGCAAAUGAAACAUUGGCUGAAGAAAUCUGCACGUUAUUUGAUCCAUAUUGUCAUCAAUAUAUGGAAAAUUGUCCAGAUAGGUUGAAAAAAGGAGACACUGGGAAUGAAAAAGGAGUCUGUUUAGAGCUGGAAGAGAAAUGCAAGCCAUUCUUUGAAAAGUUGAAAUUGGAGGAUGAGUUGAUGCAUGAAUUAAAAGGUAGUUUAGGCGAUGAAACUAAAUGUAAAGAAACAUUAAGAAAACAUUGUACUGAGCGGAAAAAAGAAGGGAAUCAAACAUUGAAUAGUCUAUGUGAAGAUGCUAAGAAAGAAGAACUUUGCAAAAAGUUUGUUGGAAAAAUAAAAGGAAAAUGUCCAACCCUAAAAAAUGAACUGGAUAAAGAGAAAGAUGAAUUAAAGAAGAAGAAAGAUGAAUACGAAAAGGUAAAACAGGAGGCAGAAGAAUUUGGAAAGGAAGCUAAAUUAUUAUUAUCAAGACCUGAACAAGAUGGACAAGGUGGAGGGUCAAAGGUGCAAGAUGGCAGUGUUCCUAAACCAGUGGGACCACCGGUACAGCCACCAGCACCAGCACAACCAACACCAGGAGGCGUACCAGCACCAACACUAGCACCGCCAGCACAACCAACACCAGGAGGGGCACCACUACCAGUACCACCAGCAGCACCAGGAGGAACACCAGGAGGGGCACCACUACCAGUACCACCAGCAGCACCAGGGGGACCACCGGUACAGCCACCAGUACCAGUACCACCACCAGCACCAGGAACACCACCAGCAGGGCCAGCAGGGCCAGCAGGGCCAUCAGGAGGAACACCAGCAGGGCCACCAGCAGGACCACCAGCACCAGGAGGAUCAACACCAAGUGGAACGACAAACACUAGUAAUGUUAUACUUGUUCGGAGAACAUUUGUAAGUGGAAAGGCAUCAGAAGCAGACAAGAAGGCAUUUGUUGCAACGGCAAGAGCAUUGGAAUUGUAUUUAGAAUUGAAAGAGAAAUGUAAAGCUUUGAAAAGAGACUGCGAUUUUAGAAAAGAUUGCAAGGAAUGUGAAACGGUCUGUACAGAAAUAGACAAGUUAUGUGAAGGAAUAAAACCAUUAAAAGUUACACCGCAUCAUACAAUGACAUUAAUGACGACAGAGAUAACGACUACAACAAUGAUUACAACGACUACAAGAAUGAUUACAACGACUAAAACAACGACUACAACAACGACUACAACAACGACUACAACAGCGACAAAGUCAAUACAUGGAGGGAAAGUAACAGAACAAUGUGCAUUUCCUCAAACAACAGAUAUAUGGAUGACGAGUACAUCGUUGCAUACGAGUACGUUGACAAGUACAUCUACAGUGACAUCAACGGUGACAUUGACGUCGAUGCGAAAAUGCAAACCUACGAGAUGUACGAGUGAUUCAAGUAAAGAAACAGAAACACAAAAAGAGGAAGAGAAAGAGGAAGAAGUGAAACCGAAUGAAGGAAUGAAAAUAAGAGUUCCGGAAAUGAUAAAAAUCAUGUUGUUGGGAGUGAUUGUUAUGGGAAUGUUGUAA